UCUGACGGGUGGAGCAACUAGGACCGGUAAAUGGAACUGGGUUGCCCCGUUGCCCUGAUGCCACCCAACCUGGCCCACCUUCUUCCUUUUAAUUCGGAAACCUAUAAAUCCCGCUAUAUCCCCUGCAGCUAUGCACAGUUGUAUGGCAGGCAUGGCAAAAUCGAUUUGGAGCUCAGAUUUCUUAAGGAGAGGAAAGCCCAGUUUGUCAAUGUCUUUGGAGGGCAUACACCAGCUAUGGCCGCUAUCAUCUUCAACCUCUUCGUCAUCAACAAGUCUGGCGGGCUGAUUUUCUACAAGGAUUAUGGAACGCAAGGCCGUCUCGACACAAAUGACAGCUUGAGACUCGCGAGUCUGUGGCACUCCAUGCACGCAAUUUCGAAGGAGUUGUCUCCAGUCAAUGGGUGCAAUGGGAUCGAGGUUUUAGAGGCCGAUACUUUCGAACUUCAUUGCUUCCAGGCCCUCACAGGUAUGGCACAAAAAAUCUUCGUGGCCGCUGAACCAGGAACGCCGGGCAUUGAUAGCUUGCUGAAAACUGUCUAUGAGCUUUACACGGAUUAUGUUCUGAAGAACCCAUUCUAUGAAGUGGAAAUGCCCAUCAGGUGCGAACUAUGGGAUUUGAAUCUGGCUCUAGCAGUUCGGAGGGACGGCAAGACCGGUCUCACAGGCCGCUAAGGAACCUCAGCUUUUGAAACUCUAUGAGGUUUGUCGGCAGAGACGAGGUUCUUUCUAGUGUACAGCAUAUUAUCCCAUGUCAGAUAGUGAUGUAGGGCAUCUUAACUAUGACAACCAAGUGGUAGAUUUGCUUCUGUUGAAAUCUGUCAAGAGAAUGAGAUAAUUCACGAACCAGAGUGAAGUCACUUUAUAGAUACCAAACGUACGGCGUAUACUCAUUGCUCUCAAUAUGAAUUGCACUUGCAUCCAUUGAAAUUGUGGAAGGGGCAACUGAAGGUUGGAUGUCUCACACCUGUCUAAAAUAUGUCUAUUGUAACUUCUCAUUAUAUCAAUACGUGAAUCCUUUCAUUUCUC